CCGGUGUCUCCACGGUUGCCCCGGGAGACGCGGGCGACUCCGCGUCUGGCUCAUGCGGCGCUGCUGCCCGACCCGCUGUUGGAGGCGCGGGACCAGGCGAAGGCUCCGCUCAAAGACUUCUACCAGAUCGUGGUGACGAGGAGCGAGGUAAUAUGGAGGUGGUGGCAGGUCUCUUUGCGUCAUGUGGGUCGGAGCGCAAGACCCGGGGAGACGAAAGAGACUCACGCGGAGUUUCUGGAGGACAGAGUCCUGCAGGGCCGCGUGCUCGCCGUGUUCGGGCCCGAGCUGCUGUCGAGAGCCCAGGCCGCGUGCUCGGGCCGCCACGACUUCCUGUCGCGCCUCCCCGCGCCGCUCGGCGUGCGCGUGCUCGCGCUGCUGCGCCUCGAGGACCUGCAGAGCGUGGCGCGCACGUGCACGCGCCUGCACGCGCUGUGCGAGAGUGACGCGCUGUGGGAGGCGGUGUGCUGCGGCUGCGAUGGCUCCUCCACCUCGUCGUCCUCCUCCUCGCAGCGCGAGUCUCUGCGCGCCUUGGCUGCAGACAUCGGCUGGAAGAGAGUCUUCUUCUCCAGCAAGCUGCACCUGCAGCUGCAGCUGCGGCGACGGCGCCAGCGCAACGACAACAGCGACAGACACGAAGCGCAGCAGCAGCAGCAGCUUGCGCUCCCGGCACCGGAGGUCGUCCCAGCAAAUUGACCUGCGCGCUGGCGUCCCGGCAGAAAAUCUCAGUUCCUUUUUCUGCUCGCUACUUGGUGGAACGGCGGUUGAAAUGUGUUUUUUUUGGUGGAGAGUGGCUGGUUUCUUUUUUCAUGUUUUUGGUGGAGGAAGAGUUGGGGAUUUUUUUUUUUUCCCGUGGUUGUUUUUGAUGCAAAUGCGGAUUCUGACGAUUUUCGUGAGGUUUUAUUUCUGGAGUGGAAGGGGUGGGGGCGGGGUGUCCGUGAGUUGAGGAAGGACAUUUUUUUGUUAGCCACCGUUUUUUUAGCCAUGGUUUCCGUUUACAUUGGUCAAUAAGGUUAAAGGAGUCUUGGCGGAAAUGACUGUUUGCCGUGGGUUUUAGGUUUUAGUUUUAUUUUAUAUUUUAAAAAGGGGGGUGGCAGUUUCACCCGCAUUUGAGGAAAGGUGGUCGAUGCCAGAUUUAGGUUCUGAAGUUUCCAUGGAAUUGUAUGAAAUGAUUUUGAACAAGUGCACUUCUUCAGGAGCUUCUGACAGUAAUGCACAUAAGGUUGAGUGGUUUUCAAAACGUAUGGCUUUCUGGCCCUCUACUGUUACUCUGUUAGGAUGGGGCUUUCUCUCUCGUCAGUUACAGGUGUUAUUGUUUGUGUUGGCAUUAGUCCCGCUAAUGGGCCCCAGGGUGUAGUCUCCAUACACAUGGCUCCCAGAGGCAGACUUUGCAGCGGUGAGCAUCGGUGACUUUACUGUGCUGGCGAUCCACAGUUGUCUCUCUCCGUCUCGUUGCCGUCUGUCCGGCGGUCACAUUUGCUCGAAUAUAUUUUGAUGGUGACCUAAGACAAGAGGACCACAAUGCAGUUCUUCAGGAACUCUUGAUGGUUUUUGCAUAAUGCACAAAGGCAAAGUGUUUUGUACGCGUUGCUGUCUGUUUUUGGUGAGGGGGGGGCCGAAACACAUUUAACAUUGCCAUCCUUUUCGAAUUGUGCAAUUCAUUAAUUAAAAUCGCUUCUAAGA